GGGAGUAUAUAGAGGAACACAGGGGUCUGUACAAGGACGUGAUGAUGGAGAAUCACCGGCCCCUCACAUCACUGGAUGGGCCCAGUAACAGAGAUACCCCAGAGAGAUGUCCCCGUCCUCUGUAUUCCCAGGAUUGUACAGAGGAGAAUCACAGGAUCCCACAGGAGGACCAGGGUGAAGGUCUGACUGAUAUGAAGGCAGAAGAUAUAGAGGGAGAAGAAGAGACUUAUGUGACUGAUAUGAAGGCAAAAGAUAUAGAAGGAGAAGAAGCAAUGUAUGUGACUGAUUUGAAGGUAGAAGAUACAGAGGGAGAAGAAAGGACAUAUGUGACUGAUAACAAGGCUGAAGAUACAGAUGGAGAAGAGACGUAUGUGACUGAUAUGAAGGCAGAAGAUACAAAGGGAGAAGAAGAGACGUAUGUGACUGAUAUGAAAGUAGAAGAUAUAGAGGCAGAAGAAGAGACGUAUGUGACUGAUAUGAAAGUAGAAGAUAUAGAGGCAGAAGAAGAGAUGUAUGUAACUAAUAUUAAAGUAGAAAAUACAGAGGGAGAAGAAGAGACGUAUGUGACUGAUAUGAAGGCAGAAGAUACAGAGGGAGGAGAAGAGACGUAUGUGCCUGAUAUGAAGGCAGAAGAUAUAGAGGGAGAAGAAGAGACAUAUGUGACUGAUGUGAAGGCAGAAGAUAUAGAGGAAGAAGAAGAGAUGUAUGUGACUGAUAUGAAGGCAGAGGAUAUAGAGGGAGAAGAAGAGACGUAUGUGACUGAUAUGAAGGCAGAAGAUAUAGAGGGAGAAGAAGAGACGUAUGUGACUGAUAUGAAGGCAGAAGAUAUAGAGGGAGAAGAAGAGACAUAUGUGACUGAUAUGAAGGGAGAAGAAGAGACGUAUGUGACUGAUAUGAAGGCAGAAGAUAUAGAAGGAGAAGAAGAGACGUAUGUGACUGAUAUGAAGGGAGAAGAUAUAGAGGGAGAAGAAGAGAUGUGUGUGAGGGGUGAUCAGCAGUGUAAGGAGGAGGAAAUCCCUACAGAUAUCAGCACAGAUGGAUGUAACAGCAGGAAUAUCUCAAAGGAAAACUUAAUCUUAUCUCCAGUUUGUGAAAUAGAAGAUGAUGAUAUCAAACAAGAUUCUCUGGAGAAAACCCUCAAUAUCCCAAUUAUACAACCAGUACCCCACAGUGCAGAUGUAUCAUCUGAUCCUACUUCUAAUGAGGAACGUUCCCCUGGUACAUCAAGUACAGUUCUUACAGUAGAUAAAAUAUUUCCCUCUUUUAGAGAUGUCAAAUGCUCUACAGAGAACACAAAGCUUAUUACCCAUCAGCCAGCUAAAGUAGGUGAGAGUUCAUUUCCAUGCGCUGAGUGUGGGAGAUGUUUUUCAAAAAAAUCAUCUCUUAUUAGACAUAAGAGAGUUAAAACAGGUGAGAAGCCAUUUACAUGUUAUGACUGUGGGAAAUGUUUUACAUGGAAAUCAUCUCUUGUUGAACAUCAGAAACAUCACACUGGUGAGAAGCUAUUUCCAUGCUCUGAGUGUGAGAGAGGUUUUACACGGAAAUCAUAUCUUGUUAUACACCGGAGAAGUCACACAGGAGAGAGGCCAUUUCCAUGCUCUGAGUGUGGGAAAUGUUUUUCACGGAAAUCGCAUCUUGUUAUACAUCAGAGAGGUCACACAGGUGAGAGGCCAUUUCCAUGCUCUGAGUGUGGGAAAUGUUUUGCACACAAACCACUACUUGUUAAACAUCAAAGAAGUCACACAGGUGAGAGGCCAUUUCCAUGUUCUGAAUGUGGGAAAUGUUUUACACAGAAAAAUGAUCUUGUUGUACAUCAGAGAAGUCACACAGGUGAGAAGCCAUUUCCAUGCUCUGAGUGUAAGAAAUGUUUUAAAAAGAAAUCAAAUCUUGUUACACAUCAGAGAAUUCACACAGGUGAAAGGCCAUUUCUAUGCAAUGAGUGCGGGAAAUGUUUUGCACACAAAUCACUACUUAUCACACAUCAAAGUAGUCACACAGGUGAGAGACCAUUUCCAUGUUUUGUCUGUGGUAAACGUUUUAUACAGAAAAGUCAUCUUGCUAUACAUCAGAGAAGUCACACAGAUGAGAAGCCGUUUCCAUGCUCUGACUGUAAGAAAUGUUUUAAAAAGAAAUCAAAUCUGGUUACACAUCGGAGAAGUCACACAGGUGAGAAGCCAUUUCUAUGCUCUGAAUGUGGUAAACGUUUUACACACAAAUCACUACUUGUUAAUCAUCAAAGAAGUCACACAGGUGAGAAGCCAUUUCCAUGCUCUGAAUGUGGGAAAUGUUUUGUACACAAAUCACUACUUGUUACACAUCAAAGAAGUCACACAGGUGAGAGGCCAUUUCCAUGUUCUGAGUGUGGGAAAUGUUUUACACAGAAAAGACAUCUUGCUAUACAUCAGAGAAGUCACACAGGUGAGGAGCCAUUUACAUGCUCUGAAUGUAAGAAAUGUUUUAAAAUGAAAUCAAAUCUUGCUGUACAUCAGAGAAGUCAUACAGGUGAGAGGCCAUUUCUAUGCAAUGAGUGUGGGAAAUGUUUUGCACACAAAUCAAAUCUUGUUACACAUCAAAGAAGACACACAGAUGAGAGAUCAUUUCCAUGUUUUGACUGUGGGAAAAGUUUUACACAGAAGAGACAUCUUGCUAUACAUCAGAGAAGUCACACAGGUGAAAAGUCAUUUCCAUGCUCUGAGUGUGGGAAAUGUUUUACAGCUAAAUCAUCUCUUGUUAGACAUCAAAUAAGUCACACAGAUUAGCUGUUUAUUGUUGGAAAUGUCAGAAAUUAGAUGGUUCACAAAAAGUUCCUGUAUUUACACUGGAGAAAUGGAUUUAGAAGUGGAAUUUAUUUCUAGAAAAACCCAAUUAAGAAUAGUAUUUCUGGAAGAGCUCUGCACGGCGUCCACUAUUGUAAAGUUUCCCACUGCUGCUGUCCCUUGUAUUCCCCCCUCUGUGGCAUCCUGCAAGCCUGAUCGCUGGGUCCGCUAUUGGGGGGCACCUUUUCGGAAGCUGGCGGCCGCUGACGGAGCUCCGGAGCCUCGCGGCCUACUGCACCUCCGCAAGCCUGGACCUUGCGUACUCCCGUGAUCCGCCGUGGACAUCCAGGCGGCCGAGCGGAAGUGCCCGCAGCAGUUUCGCCCCCCUCACCCUGACCCCUGGAGUGCGGCCACUGACCUGUCCUGAGCCUCAUAGAGACCACCAAGACGCUGGGCAGCUGGAUGGAAGAUUUGACCAGGCUGCAUUAAAGCUCCCCAUACCCACAACGGCCAUCUUGGAAACUGGCGGGCUGGAGAUUCAUGCUGCAGGCAGCCUGCUGUGGUCACUGGCAGGUCCGUGAUCUUUGCUGUCUGUCCUUCCUGGCCAGAUUGGAAUCUGCUAACUGGGACCUGGGCUCUUAUAACCCCUUUAAAAUAUUCCUUUACCCCCUUAAUAUUAGCCCCCUGGGGAAACUGAUUUCUAUUCACAUUGCAUCUCACUGGAUUCACUGAACUCCCUCUGCUGGGGGAAUAAUAUAUUGCGCCUCAUAUCAUUAUAUAUAUAUUAAGUGGUCUAUUGUCACAACCGUUGUGUCCAUCUUUCUACUCUCAUUAUGGACAAAUUUGUGACCAAAUCGUCAUGGGGCAUCCGUAGCAAUCAGUCGGGCCGAGGUCGAGAAUUCUUCUGUUGAUAGCCCUCCUUCGCCUCCAUUGGGUUCACGUCCUAGCCCCCGCGGCCAGCCUGCAAUGGAUUCUGCAAAAUCCUGCACGACAAAUGAGAUAACGGAUAUCCUGUCUGCGUUACUAGACCAGAAAUUGGCUCCUCUAAAGGACUCGCUUGACUCCGCUCUCACUCAACUGAACCAACAUGCUCAGCGACUCUGAGGCUGAACAGAUAAUAUCUGAUCUGGAAGACGAUCUCACAACGGCUAAGACUUCUCUUUCUGACCAAGAAAUAUUUGUUGCGUCUAUUCAGGAUAAGCUUGAGGACCUUGAAAACCGAAAUAGGAGAAACAAUGUACGCCUUAUCGGCCUGGAACGUGUACACCGUAUAGGCCCUGAGCGGCAAUCCACAAGAGACAGGCCCCGGCCCGUCAUCAUGAAAGUCCUCAACUACGCUGACAAGGUCAUGUUAUUAGAUGCCUGCAGAAAAUGUGCCGACUUGAGAUAUCAGGAUGCUAAAUUGCUGCUUCUCCAGGACUUCUCUUAUAUG